GGGGACAUUUGGCAAUGUCUGGAGACAUUUUUGGUUGUCACAUCUUGGGGGUGGAGAGUAGUGCUACCUGCAUUUAGUGGGUAGGCACCAGGGUUGCUGCUAAACAUCCUACGAUGCCCAGAAUAGCCUUCCACAACAAUAAUUAUCUAACCUCAAAUGUCAAUAGUGCUGAGAUUGAGAGACCCUGCUUUAGGGAAUGAAAUUUAACGUAUAGGAUAGUCUAAAAUCUGUCUUGUUAUCCACUACCUUGUUUUAUUAUGAAUAUUUCAAACAUAUCAAACAUUUAGAACUAAUAUUAACUGUAUUUUUUUAAGGAAAUAAAACAUAUGGGUGCAUUUAUAAGGAAAGUUUUAAAACCUCAUUUCCUCACUCCUUCCCCAGAGGCAACUUCCUGCAGAUGGACUGUUUUCUUCUAGUGUGCAUUUUUGCACCUUGAUUAUACAUAUAAGUGUCCAUGAAACAGCAUAUUGUAUUGCACAAGCCCUUUGUGAUGGCACCCUCCUCUAUUUGUAUGACAGGCUGUUUUUCUAGAAGUUUGAGCAAAAGCAUGAGCAGAGAAUAGUAGUGCAUCUAAAUGAAAAUGUUUCCAUUUUCUAAGUAAUUUACAUUUCCUUUAAGUGGUGGUCAAAAAUGAUAAAAGAUGUUUAAUGCGUUAAAUCAGGUUGAGGAAAGGAAACCAAAUGUAAUGAUUUGCAGAUUUUAAAAGGUGGCAGAUUUUGAAUCCAGAAUCUUCUUUCUAUUGUGACCCAGAGUAGGGUGAAUAAGCUUGUCCUUACAUUUGUUGAAGGUGAUGAUGGUGCUGACCACCCCGUCUCUCCUUUGCCUGUACCCUCUCUUUUCCCUGCCUGGCAUCUCUCAGCCUCUGCUGCCAGCAUCCUUGGAAGACAUUUCCUCCAUCUCUGCAUCAUUUUUCAGAGCCGGCCAGUUUCUAUGGCAACAGUUAGAUUGAAAGAUGAGCGGCGAGCAGGAGACGAGGCUUGAGUGAGACAGCCGGUGGUGGUGUGUGUCCCUGACGUCACCCUCUGGGCGUCUGGAUAGGACGAUCCUGGCUACUCCCAUUCAGGGCUGCUGUCCAGUGCCGCUUUAUUGGCAGUGCUGUCAGGGUCUCCGGUAGCUCUCUGCAAAUUGCCUUCCUUUCUGCUCCUCCUACUCCCUCCUUUCCCCGUAGAAUUUUUCUUUUCAUUGCCCACUUUCCUGUUUUGGCUCCAGACUGUUGUUAAGAAUGUACAGCCUAAUUCUGGUGUGUUUCGGGAUGUUCUUCUGCCCAGUAUUCUGGAAGGGCGGGGAGGCAUGGCAGCGUUUUACUUGACGUUGAUGGCGCUGUGAAGUCCAUUCUUUCCUCUGCGAGACUACUGACUAUGCAGAAAUUUAUCGAAGCGGAUUAUUAUGAACUAGACUGGUAUUAUGAAGAAUGCUCGGAUGUUUUAUGUGCUGAAAGAGUUGGCCAGAUGACUAAGACAUAUAAUGACAUAGAUGCUGUCACUCGGCUUCUUGAGGAGAAAGAGCGGGAUUUAGAAUUGGCCGCUCGCAUCGGCCAGUCGUUGUUGAAGAAGAACAAGACCCUAACCGAGAGGAACGAGCUGCUGGAGGAGCAGGUGGAACACAUCAGGGAGGAGGUGUCUCAGCUCCGGCAUGAGCUGUCCAUGAAGGAUGAGCUGCUUCAGUUCUACACCAGCGCUGCAGAGGAGAGUGAGCCCGAGUCCGUUUGCUCAACCCCGUUGAAGAGGAAUGAGUCGUCCUCCUCAGUCCAGAAUUACUUUCAUUUGGAUUCUCUUCAAAAGAAGCUGAAAGACCUUGAAGAGGAGAAUGUUGUACUUCGAUCCGAGGCCAGCCAGCUGAAGACAGAGACCAUCACCUAUGAGGAGAAGGAGCAGCAGCUGGUCAACGACUGCGUGAAGGAGCUGAGGGAUGCCAAUGUCCAGAUUGCUAGUAUCUCAGAGGAACUGGCCAAGAAGACGGAAGAUGCUGCCCGCCAGCAAGAGGAGAUCACACACCUGCUAUCGCAAAUAGUUGAUUUGCAGAAAAAGGCAAAAGCUUGCGCAGUGGAAAAUGAAGAACUUGUCCAGCAUCUGGGGGCUGCUAAGGAUGCCCAGCGGCAGCUCACAGCCGAGCUGCGUGAGCUGGAGGACAAGUACGCAGAGUGCAUGGAGAUGCUGCAUGAGGCUCAGGAGGAGCUGAAGAACCUCCGGAACAAAACCAUGCCCAAUACCACGUCUCGGCGCUACCACUCGCUGGGCCUGUUUCCCAUGGAUUCCUUGGCAGCAGAGAUUGAGGGAACGAUGCGCAAGGAGCUGCAGUUGGAAGAGGCCGAGUCUCCAGACAUCACUCACCAGAAGCGUGUCUUUGAGACAGUAAGAAACAUCAACCAGGUCGUCAAGCAGAGAUCUCUGACCCCUUCUCCCAUGAACAUCCCCGGCUCCAACCAGUCCUCGGCCAUGAACUCCCUCCUGUCCAGCUGCGUCAGCACCCCCCGGUCCAGCUUCUACGGCAGCGACAUAGGCAACGUCGUCCUCGACAACAAGACCAACAGCAUCAUUCUGGAAACAGAGGCAGCCGACCCGGGAAACGAUGAGCGGAGUAAGAAGCCAGGGACGCCGGGCACCCCAGGCUCCCAUGACCUGGAGACGGCGCUGAGGCGGCUGUCCCUGCGCCGGGAGAACUACCUCUCGGAGAGGAGGUUCUUUGAGGAGGAGCAAGAGAGGAAGCUCCAGGAGCUGGCGGAGAAGGGCGAGCUGCGCAGCGGCUCCCUCACACCCACUGAGAGCAUCAUGUCCCUGGGCACACACUCCCGCUUCUCCGAGUUCACCGGCUUCUCUGGCAUGUCCUUCAGCAGCCGCUCCUACCUGCCUGAGAAGCUCCAGAUAGUGAAGCCGCUGGAAGGUUCUGCCACCCUUCACCACUGGCAGCAGUUGGCCCAACCUCACCUUGGGGGCAUCCUGGACCCCCGGCCCGGUGUGGUCACCAAGGGCUUCCGGACGCUGGAUGUUGACCUGGAUGAAGUGUACUGCCUUAACGACUUUGAAGAAGAUGACACAGGUGACCACAUUUCUAUCCCGCGCCUAGCUACCUCCACUCCAGUUCAGCACCCAGAGACCUCAGCGCACCAUCCUGGGAAGUGCAUGUCUCAGACCAACUCCACCUUCACCUUCACCACCUGUCGCAUCCUGCAUCCUUCAGAUGAGCUCACUCGGGUCACACCAAGCCUUAACUCAGCCCCGACUCCAGCUUGUGGCAGCACCAGCCACUUGAAAUCCACACCGGUGGCCACACCGUGCACUCCACGGAGACUGAGCCUGGCUGAGUCCUUCACUAACACCCGUGAGUCCACGACCACCAUGAGCACAUCCCUGGGGCUUGUGUGGCUGUUGAAGGAGCGGGGCAUUUCUGCUGCCGUGUACGACCCCCAGAGCUGGGACAGGGCCGGCCGGGGCUCCCUCCUGCACUCCUACACACCCAAGAUGGCUGUGAUCCCCUCUACUCCGCCGAACUCGCCUAUGCAGACACCCACAUCCUCCCCACCCUCCUUUGAGUUCAAGUGCACGAGCCCUCCCUAUGACAAUUUCCUGGCUUCCAAGCCAGCCAGCUCCAUCCUGAGGGAAGUGAGAGAAAAAAACGUCCGCAGCAGCGAGAGCCAGACCGACGUGUCCGUCUCCAACCUCAACCUCGUGGACAAAGUCAGGAGGUUUGGGGUGGCCAAAGUGGUGAACUCAGGGCGAGCCCAUGUCCCCACCUUGACUGAGGAGCAGGGACCUCUCCUCUGUGGGCCCCCGGGGCCAGCACCAGCCCUUGUCCCCAGAGGCCUGGUACCUGAGGGCCUGCCCCUCGGAUGCCCCACUGUCACCAGUGCCAUCGGUGGGCUGCAGCUCAAUAGUGGCAUCCGGCGGAAUCGCAGCUUCCCCACCAUGGUGGGAUCUAGCAUGCAGAUGAAAGCUCCCGUGACUCUCACCUCAGGCAUCUUGAUGGGUGCUAAGCUCUCCAAACAAACUAGCUUACGGUGAGGACUGGAGGGGGGCCAGUUGCCCUAGAGGAGACCCACGUUCUCCUCUCUUGCUCCCACCUCCCUUUCUUCCCCUCACAGUGCACUCCCUCCCUCUGCCCUUCUCUGUCCACCCCCUCCUGAGCUAGACAAAUCAACCUCGUGCCUAAUGGAGGAAGUGUGGAAACUUUGUAAAAUGUGUACAUAGGACUUGGAGACCUCGUGUCCGCCCUGCUCUUUCUUCCGGUCCCACAGGAAGUGCCCCUGCACUGUCAUCACUCUCAUGAGGACGUCACCUGUGCUAACCUGGGGGAAGGUGGGGUCCUUUCUUCUUUUGAGAAGCACUGAAACUCCCAAGUGUGUUCUUAUCCCAUGGAUAGGAAACCAGUGAAUUCCGUGGCUGGCACACCACGAGCUGUCACACGGCACGGGUCAUAACACAUCUGGGUGUCAUCGGACACCUCACCUCGCCCACCCUGUAGGAGCGUAAGGAGCCUCCAUCCUCAGCCACGUGCAGCUGACGUGGCUUUCCUGAUCGGAGGGCUUUUCUUUCUUUUAUGGGUGGCCCAGCUUCUUCAAGACCUUCACUACUCUGCCUCAGUGGACAGUUGUUUCUUUUUUGAGGUGUGACCUUUUGUUUUCAUGCCUUCCCCUUGAAGUCAUCCUGUGUUUUGUAAUCAGCUGUCAGGCCAAAUGUCUGACCCGAAAGAGAAUGUAUUUACACUCGUGCUGCGUUGUUCAGCAGCCCCUCUGUGUUCUGUGUGAUUUGUUUUAUUUUUCCUUUUUUUAUAUAUAUAUAUGCAGGGAAGUAAUGGUACUGGUAGUGUAUGUUUUCUAUGUGAUUCAAAUAUGAAUUUCAAACACACCAAGCCGCUAAUGAGAUAGCAGCUUUUUUCUGGGACCCAGAGUCACAACCAAAUUGAUUUAAGACCGGACCCAAGACACCUUUAACAAUAGGACUGAAAGGAAAAAGGAUAGGGAAAAAGCUUAUUAAAGAAAUUUGUCAAUACCAAACAUAGAGGGGAAGAACCACAACCAGGCAUAAUACCAAACUGGUUCCAGGGGGAAACAAGGCUUUGGCAUUCCACUGGCUCCAGCGCGUUUUCUGAAACCUGCGGCUGGCCAGGGUGCUGUCACCGUACAGUCUUUGAUUGCAGCCAUUCAAUGCCCACGUGUUUUGCCUUCUUAUUUCAGAACAGCACAUGGUCACAACAAGAUAUUUUCUUUCCCUCCAAAGCCUUUUGUCUCCUUGUGCCACUUUUUAUCCUUAGGAAAAGAUCCAGGUGCUUGUGAAAAGAAACAUGAAUGCAACAAGGGAGGCUGGUCCUGUUGCUGUCGCCGAUUAAGUUUUAAACUUUUAUUUAUUAUUUAUGUCUGCUGUAUUUUAAAUAAACAUUCUCAUUCCUUCCAGUUCCAGUCAUAGUGUGUCUGUGGCAUUCCAGUCCAACCACGUGACUUAUUUAUUCUAAUUUGAGGGCUGCACUGUACACCAUGGUGUCCCGUGACACUGUGUUCCAGACAUUUAUGGAAAGAAAACAUCCCAUAUAAAUGAAACUGUCAUUCUGUGUCCUCCCCCGCAGCAGAAGAUGUGUCCUUCCAUUGAGUGAGGGUAACCUUAUGUCCACCAAGGAUACUUUGAGAAAGCCCCUAAGGAGCAAGCCUCAGUCCCACAGUUUCAGACUAUUUAUUCUCUGAACACAGGAGUAUUGGUUAAUUACGUUCUCAGCUCUCCUUGCUGUUGUAUGUGUGCAUUCACUGCAAGUAACUUAUAUCUUUUUAUUUGAAUGUAUUUUAAAGCAGUAGAUAGAAUAACAAAGGAAUAUGAAAACCAUGGACUGAAUGGACCAUUUUAUGUAUUCAGAGAGAGAAGCCACUCAUCGUUGCCAGAAAUACCAUGUAAAAAUUGGCAGUUCAGAGGUUGCAAUAUUUAGUAUAGUAAAUGGUCAACAUUGUGCAACCACUACCAAAAAGUGUGUUGUAAUGCAUCACAAAUCAACAAAAUUUUAUUCACUAAUGAGUAUCAAUAAAAUAAGUUCAAAUGAUGGAAACCA